AUGGAGGACUCGAAUCAGUUACAGUCGGGCCACACCAAUAAGGAAUACAUCGACCUGAUCGAGCAGUUGCGAAAAGAGGAUACAGCCAGCCAUCGUGACAGCGGCAAAGGAAAGGCUUCUUUUGGAAUCGACUCGCCGAUGGGCCUCAUGUCUUCAUUUGUGUUUGCACCAGUAUAUUUGUACGCAACAGUCAAGGGCAAGCAUACCUUCUGGGACCAAGCUCUCUCCUCUUUACCAGACAAGAUCUUCUAUGGUCCAAGUCUAGACAUGGGAUGUGGCAGGGGCCUUGUGCUUAGCAAAGUGGCCACAAAGAAACGCAGUCUUCUCCAAACCGCUCAGAUCAAGGACUGUCCAACUUACGGGAUCGACAUCUUCAACUCAAGCGACCAAUCUGGCAAUAGUCCACAAAUGUUGUACAAGAAUAUCAAAAGCCUGGAUCUCUUGGAUGGUGUGGUGGCCUACGCAGCAAGCUUCACGGAACCUCUACCUUUUGCCGACAACUACUUUUCGCUCGUCACUGCAAGCUUGUCUCUACACAAUGUCUCAUUGGCAGGCAGAAAGUUUGCGAUCCGGGAGGCUUGCAGAGUAUGUAAGCCCGGAGGGGCUGUUAUCAUUCUGGAUUUGCUUGGCUACGUGGCCGACUAUGAAGCCGAGAUGAAGUUGAAUGGAUGGAUGGUGGUGGAGAGGAGAUUCGCAGGUCUUGGUGUGGUGUUUGGUUCAUGGCCUACACAGGUGUUGCUUGCCUACAAACCUGUCAUGUAG